UAUCUCAACCAAAGUGUAUGCUCUAAAUUUUAAAACCUUUGUUAGAAGUGGAGUAUCCGCAUCAAAGUUAAUAUGAACAAGUCUAGUUUCUGAACAAGUGAAGUACCUAUCUCCCAUCCGUUUAAAAUACUACUACUACGUAUUCAUAAAGAUAUCUACCGACAGAGCUCAAUAUAUGUACCAGGCGAAAAGCUAAGAAAGCAUAAAAGAAUUAAAAUGGAGAAUAAUAAUGGAAGUAAGAGUUGGGCAUUUAGAGGGAAUGAGAAGCUUAAUAUAGACACAACAGAUACCAUUGGAGGCACUCUAUACUGGCUGCGCCACACCAUUUCUAACAAUGAGGAUGAAAGGCCAUUGAUUCCAUUCAGCAAUGGCGAUCCCGCCAUUUUCCCAUGCUUCAGGACUAGCCUCAGAGCUGAAACCGCCGUGGUUCGCGCCCUCCAAUCCGCCGAAUUCAAUACCUACUGCCCUUUUUUCGGCACUCUUCCUGCAAGAAGGGCUGUUGCGGAAUAUCUGUCGAGGGACCUUCCUUACAAGCUCUCACCGGACGAUGCUUAUAUGACAUUGGGAUGCACUCAAGCAAUAGAAGUAAUAGUGACAGUUCUUGCUAGUCCCGGAGCUAACAUUUUGCUUCCCAAACCUGGUUUCCCAACCUUUGAAGCCCGCUGCUCUUUCAGCAAUCUGGAGUUUCGCCAUUUCGAUCUUCUUCCUGACAAAGGUUGGGAGAUGGAUCUUGAUGCUAUUGAAGCUCUUGCCGAUGAAGAUACCGUUGCCAUAGUUAUCAUUAAUCCCGGAAGUCCUUGUGGGGUUGUUUUCACCUAUGACCAUCUUAAGAAGGUAGCGGAGUUGGCAAAGAAGCUUGGGAUUCUGGUGAUUUCUGAUGAAGUUUAUGAGCACCUCACUUUCGGGGACAAUCCGUUCAUACGGAUGGCCACUUUUGGAUCCAUUGUGCCUGUUGUCACACUUGGUUCUUUGUCUAAGAGAUGGGCAGUUCCGGCGUGGCGAAUGGGUUGGCUUGCAAUCUGUGACCCUACUGGUGCUCUCAGAAAUUCAGGGAUCACAGAGCAAAUUAUGGCCUGCCUCAGUCUGUACUCAGAUCCUGCAACAUUCAUUCAGGCAGCCCUUCCUGAAAUUCUAUUGGAUACAGAAGACGAAUUCUUCGCGAAUCGCCUAGAUCUACUUAGGGAAGGAGCCAACGUUCUGUUUGAGAGAAUGAAAGAAAUCCCUUGCAUUCGUUGCGAUCGCAAACCUGAAGGAGCUAUUUUUGCAAUGGCUGAGUUGAACCUGUCACAACUAGAAGACAUCGAAGACGACGUCGAUUUCUGCUUCAAGUUAGCAAAAGAAGAGUCUGUUUUAAUGGUCCCUGGUGUUGUAGUUGGAGUGAAGAACUGGCUUCGGUUCUGCUUUGCCAUAGAACCAUCAGCUCUGGAAGAUGGCAUAACAAGGUUGAAAGCAUUCUGCCAGAGGCAUGCAAAGCGGCAGUGAUGCAUCAUUCUGAUGCUAAAUAAUGUCACAUAUUCGCGUUAAGGAAUCAAUUCAAAUAAAAGUUGGUGUUUGUU